CGAGGAUGGCGGCGGAGAACGAGGCCAGUCAGGAGAGCGCCCUGGGCGCCUACUCGCCCGUGGACUACAUGAGCAUCACCAGCUUCCCGCGGCUACCGGAGGAUGAGCCGGCGCCCGCGGCCCCUCUGAGGGGCCGCAAGGACGAGGAUGCCUUCCUGGGAGACCCCGAUACCGACCCGGACUCCUUCCUGAAGUCGGCAAGGCUGCAGCGGCUGCCGUCGUCCUCCUCGGAGAUGGGCAGCCAGGACGGGUCGCCUUUGAGGGAGACGCGCAAAGACCCGUUCUCUGCGGCAGCGGCGGAGUGCUCCUGCCGCCAGGACGGGCUGACGGUCAUCGUCACAGCCUGCCUCACCUUUGCCACGGGUGUCACUGUGGCGCUCGUCAUGCAGAUCUACUUCGGGGACCCUCAGAUCUUCCACCAGGGUGCCGUGGUGACCGAUGCGGCCCGUUGCACAUCACUCGGCAUCGAAGUGCUCGGUAAACAAGGAUCUUCUGUGGAUGCGGCUGUGGCAGCAGCCCUGUGUUUGGGGAUUGUGGCACCACACAGCUCUGGCCUGGGCGGUGGGGGCGUGAUGCUGAUACAUGACAUCCGACGAAAUGAGAGCCACCUAAUUGAUUUCCGGGAGUCUGCACCAGGGGCUCUCAGGGAAGAGGCCCUGCAGAGAUCCUGGGAGACCAAGCCCCCCAUCCCUGGCUUGGGGCUCUGCAGAGUUCAGCCCAGCCCCCCCCUUCCAGUGACCUGGUCUCCUCUCUCCCUCGCCUGCCCGCCUCGCCCAGCCUGGGCUCUUGGUGGGGGUCCCCGGAAUGGUGAAGGGGCUACACGAAGCUCACCAGCUCUAUGGCAGGACCUCCUCCACCCCCUGCUCUCCGGCCCCCCCAGGCUGCCAUGGUCCCAAGUCCUGGCCUUCGCAGCAGCUGUGGCCCAAGAUGGCUUCAACGUGACCCAUGAUCUAGCCCGCGCCCUGGCUGAACAGCCACCUCCCAAUGCUUCGGAGCGCUUCCAAGAGAUGUUCCUGCCUUCAGGCCACCCGCCACUACCUGGUUCACUGCUGCGUCGGCCUGACCUGGCCUCGGUGCUGGAUACACUCGGCACCUCCGGCCCUGCUGCCUUCUACGCCGGUGGCAACCUCACGCUAGAGAUGGUGGCUGAGGCUCAGCACGCAGGGGGUGUCAUAACUGAGGAGGACUUCAGCAACUACAGUGCCCUCGUGGAGAAGCCCGUGUGUGGCGUGUACAGAGGCCACCUAGUUCUCAGUCCCCCACCCCCGCACACGGGCCCUGCCCUCAUCAGUGCUCUCAACAUCCUCGAGGGCUUCAAUCUAACCAGCCUGGUGUCCCGGGAACAGGCUCUUCACUGGGUGGCAGAGACCCUGAAGAUCGCAUUAGCCCUGGCCAGCAGACUGGGAGAUCCCGUCUACGAUUCUACCAUCACCGAGAGCAUGGAUGACAUGCUCAGCAAGGUGGAGGCUGCCUACCUCCGGGGCCACAUCAAUGACUCCCAGGCGGCCCCUGCCCCCCUCCUGCCUGUCUACGAGCUGGACGGGGCUCCCACUGCUGCCCAGGUGCUGAUCAUGGGCCCUGAUGACUUCAUUGUGGCCAUGGUCAGCUCCCUGAACCGACCCUUUGGCAGCGGCCUCAUCACCCCCUCAGGGAUCCUGCUCAACAGCCAGAUGUUGGACUUCUCCUGGCCCAACAGGACUGCUAACCACUCUGCGCCCAGCCUGGAGAACUCGGUGCAGCCAGGGAAGCGGCCAUUGUCUUUCCUGCUGCCCACUGUGGUCCGGCCAGCGGAGGGGCUCUGUGGGACCUACCUCGCCCUGGGAGCCAAUGGAGCUGCCCGGGGCCUCAGCGGCCUGACCCAGGUUCUGCUGAAUGUCCUGACCUUAAACCGGAACCUGAGUGACAGCCUGGCCCGUGGCCGCCUGCACCCGGACCUGCAGUCCAACCUCCUGCAGGUGGACAGUGAGUUCACAGAGGAAGAGAUUGAGUUCCUGGAAGCCAGGGGUCACCAUGUGGAGAAGGUAGAUGUCUUAUCCUGGGUCCAUGGCAGCCGGAGAACCAACAACUUCAUCAUCGGUGUGAAGGAUCCUCGGAGCCCAGAUGCAGCUGGAGCCACCAUCCUGUAGAGCAGUGGGGUGGGGUGGGAGUCUCUGCUCCCCCACUUUGCAUGUUCCUAGAGUCCCUCCUUCUCCCAGGUUUGGUCUCAGGUGGACCCCAGGGAUGCCCCAGCUCAGGGGCCAGAGGGGAUGCUUAGCAAACCCUAUCCCAGAGUAACUGGAAAAUUCUCCAUCUGGAGGCUGGUGGUGGUGGUAGUGGUGGUAGUGGUGGUGGUGAAUGUCAGUGUCCACAACCAGGCAGGCGGGACCUUGAGGAGUCAGACUAUCUGUCUGUCUGCCUCCUUUCCCUCAGCCACGCUGGCCCUGAGCUUAGGGAUGUGCUUGCAAAUCCUUCUCAAGGGUCCUCACAACCCCAGCAUCUCCAGUCUGGCCUGACCUUGGCCUCAUCUUCCAGCUCCCUUCUCCUGUCCCCAGCCUCAUUUCUUAAAUGACUAGGAUUUUUUUUUAAUGGACCAUCCUGGGGAGAGAGUGCUCUCCCUCCAGGUUGAGGUGGGGGCCUUGCAUCUGGGGAGCCCCAGGGUAUGAGGUAGGGG